GGCCGUUCCCUCAGGCGCUCUCGGGUGAUCCCUCUCCCCCGUCUCCCUCCUUUCUUCUCCAACUUCUCCCUGUCCCGCCCCUCCCCCGGCCCGCCCGGCCGGACCCCGGUGCCGCAGCCGCUCCCCCACGUGCUCCGUGUCGCGGGUAUCGGGAUAGCGGGCCCCGCGUUCCCCCGUGUGCUCGCUGUGAAUGGUGCCUUUCUCAUGCCUUCUGUAAUUAAUCGCUCGGGCGCAGGAUGGACGAUGAAUUGCCAGGCGGAACGUGCUGCUUACACAGGACAGGACAAUGAAGCACACGAGGAGCAUGAUACUUCUACUGAAAAUACAGAUGAUUCUAACCACGACCCUCACUUUGAGCCCAUAGUUUCCCUUCCUGAGCAAGAAAUAAAAACUCUGGAAGAGGAUGAGGAAGAACUCUUCAAGAUGCGAGCGAAGCUGUUCCGGUUUGCGUCCGAGAACGAGCAUCCCGAGUGGAAGGAGCGAGGGACUGGUGAUGUGAAACUCCUGAAACACAAGGAGAAGGGAACAAUUCGCCUCCUCAUGCGGAGGGAUAAAACUCUAAAAAUCUGUGCAAACCAUUACAUCACACCCUUAAUGGAGCUGAAGCCCAACGCCGGGAGCGACAGGGCCUGGGUCUGGAACACACACGCUGACUUUGCAGACGAGUGCCCCAAGCCUGAACUCCUGGCAAUCCGCUUUUUAAACGCAGAGAAUGCACAGAAAUUCAAGGCAAAAUUUGAAGAAUGCAGGAAUGAAGUAGGCAAGAAAGCAAAGAAAGCAGGCACAGACAAAAAUGAUAGUGCUGAUAAAGUUGCUGAAAAACUAGAAGAGCUUUCUGUAAAGGAAGAAAGCAGAGAAUCUGAGAAGAAGGAGACCAAGGAAAAAACUGAAGAAAAGCAAUAAAAUCAUCCUGGGCCUUGCAGUUUUUUCUUUACUUUUUUCUUUCUUUUCCUUUUUUUUUUCUUUUUCUUUUUUUUUUUUGUUUUGUUGGGUUUUUUAAAAUUUUUUUUUACAAGGGACUUUAUAAGGAACACAGAUCAACAUUCAGGUUGCUUUUUUCUAAGCUUUUGCCCUUUGGAAGGUGUCUUCAGAAAAAUCCAUUCCCCAGUCAUGAAAAUGUACUGUGCUAACUUUCUUUUCCAUAGUGGAAACACUUAUUUAUAGUCAUCCAAAAGAGUGAAUAAAGCAAAUGUGAAAACAGCAUCAGGGGCAGAACUGUAAAGGCUUGUGAAUACACUUGUUUCCUUGGGUGUGAAGCUACAUAUCAUCAUUCCUGUGGAUUUAGCAGGUUAACAGACUUUUACCAGCAGGGAAGGUCAGGAUGCAUUCGUGUUUCUUGUCUGGCUUCUCAGUGUGAUGUCCCAGAGCUUUCCCUGUGCUGCUGUGUGUGCUGGGCAGGGCUGUGCCAGGGAAUGGGGCACUGAGAGCCUUCCUGGCACACUUGGUGCUGAGCCACCAGACAGGGAAAAUGAAGGUGGGGGAGAAAAUGCAUGAUGUGAGAUUUGACAAGGAUUUUCCUCUUAAGAAACAAAACCUGUGCUUCCCCCCUGCCCCAAAUUUGCUAAUACUACAAAGGCUUGAUUCCAGCAGAAAGCUGCUGCUGUUGUCCCAGAUCUUCCAUGCCGUGCUCCCCGCUGGCUGAAGGCACAGCAGCCUGUUCUGCCAGGUGUGUGUGCAAAGGAAUCCAAACUGUGUGAGUACCUUCCUGUGAGAUUCCCCCUGUCAGCAGAUCCUGGCAGUUGUAGCUAAAAUUGAAAAGCUUUUUUUCCCUGGGCUUUGGAGCUCACAUUGUUUUUACAAACUGGAGGAGUUCUGAACUUCUCAGAUGCUUGGUAGGGAGGCUGUCCCUCUUGGAGGGUGGCAGUCACUUUGGAACAGUUAAUGAGUGGUACAAGCUUGAGGGACACUCUCCUUGCCAGAAUGGGCAAAUUGGAUAAACAACAAACAUUUGCAGUGAGGAGACUGAUUUCAAGGUAGUGCUAGAGUAAGAAGAUAAACUAUAGUAAGCAAUAAAAUCAACACAAUUAAGUCUGAUAGAUGAAAUGAACUUCGUUGUUGAACACUAAUACAAGGAUUGUGUUAGGAUAGUGAUGAAAUUUUGCAAUAGUUUCCAAAAUAAUUAAUGAAAACCAGACAAAACCUGCUAAACUGUAAGACUGAAUGAUGUUAACGUUGGAUAGCAAGACCUUUUUAUCUUCAUAAAGAGGCUUUUAACUUGGUCAGGUUCUGCAGCCUACUUGAGGAAAAUACAUUUUUUAAAAAAUCAUGUUUUAGCACUGUCUUUUAAUGCUACCAUGAAUGAGUCUUAAAUCUGGAACGGUAAUUAAGGUACUCACUUCAUUCAAACAGAGUAAUUCCUUUGGUGUUUUGCACAUUCCCCUUCAAGUACAGCAGAUAUCAAAAGUCUGUUAAUUAACAAAGGUGGUUGAAAGGCAAAAUAAAAUGCUCCUUAGUGUUUCUGGUUUGGAAAUAACAAGACAAAGCUAUUCUGAAGUAUUUAACAUUUGAAUGUAAAAGCCAAAUCUUUAUCCAUGAGUCACUGUAAAUUCUCUGAUCUGAUAAUGUCAAACAGUGUGUCUAAAUUGAUAGAAAUGACAUUUUAAAAAUUCAAAAUAAACUUAAAUUUUCAUUUAAAGGA